AUCGCGCGUGUCUGUUGGGGUCGCGCCGCCUCGGCCACACGAGACGACAGCGGGUGGCGGUGCAGCUCCCUCCGUGCCGCUGCUGCCGCCGCUGUUGCUGCUACUGCUGCUGAUCGUGGUUUUGGGGGCGAGGCGAGGCGAGCCGCUGCUGGAGCCGCGAGCCGCACGGGGAUGGCGCUGGGAGGAGAGGCGCGUCGCGUCUCGCAGUGAGACCGACGACUCCGCGCACAAUGGCGGCGCUCAUUAAGAAGCAGAUUCUGAAACAUCUGUCCAGGUUUGCCAAAAACCUGUCGCCAGACAAGAUCAAUGUGAGCACGCUCAAGGGCGAGGGUCACCUCAGCAACCUGGAGCUCGACGAGUCGGUGAUACAGGACGUUCUGGACCUGCCCACGUGGCUGGCAAUCACACGCGUCUUCUGCAACCGUGCCGCUGUGCGGAUCCAAUGGACAAAGCUGAAGACGCAUCCAAUUUCUCUGUUCCUUGACAAAGUCGAGGUGGAGAUGAUGACGUGCGAGGAGCCAAGGCGGCCAAACGGGCCCUCGCCCAUCGCCACCAUCUCAGGGCAAAGUGAGUACGGGUUUGCAGAGAAGGUGGUUGAGGGCAUGUCCCUGUCGGUGAGCUCCAUCGUGGUCCACGUCCGAGCCCAGGCCUUCAACGCCUCAUUCCAGCUGUCGCAGCUCCGCGUCUACAGUGUGAACCCCAACUGGGAGGGCAGUGACCUGCGCUUCACACGCAUUCUUGACCCCAACCGCGGACAGGUGCUGACGUUUAAGGAGGCCGAGUGGCAGACGUUGCGGAUCGAGGUUGACGCCAUCCACUCGGAGGAGCAAGAGGCUGCUGCUACGCCGCUGCGACUCAUCACCAACCAAGCGCGCCUGCGCAUCGUGCUCAAGCGCACCUUGACAGAUUGCAAUGUGAUCUCCUCCAAGCUGACUCUACUGCUGGAUGACCUGCUGUGGGUGCUCACCGACUCGCAGCUCAAGGCCGUGGUUAAGUACGCUCAGUCGCUCGCAGAAAGCAUCGAGAAGUCUACGCAGCAGCAGAAGAGCCUCGCUUCUCAUCGUGUUCAGACGCCAGCAAACCUGUCGCCCGGCAGUCAGUCAAACACCCAGGUGUCGGAGCAGCCUGACCCCAAAGGAUACAAGGAGGCGAUCAGCUGUUUCUUCGAGCGCCACGACGUCAAAGAGCCGUCGUAUCACUCGGUCAUCAAGCGACUUGACCUGCACCUGUGUGACGACAACUGUACGGUCAACCAAGAGCCAACCAAGCGCCGGGUUCCCGGUGGGGCCAUGCAGCUGACGAUCCACCGCCUCACCCUGGACUACUACCCCUACCACAGGGCCGGUCAGCCGUGCGAACACUGGGAGCACUACAACGAGUCUACAGAAGCGCGCAUGAAGUGGGCGUCGGGUCUGCUGGAGGAAUUCAGGAGUCAAGUGGCACAGCUGAAGGUCGCAGCUGGAGACGCGGGCACCAUGCCCCCGAAACUCUGCACCACCAGGUCCCUGUCUGACUUCUCCAUCUCAAAUGACCACAAAGCGGAGGGAGUGAGCAGAGGCAUGGGCGCUUCAGCUUCCGCAGCGCAGCCGUCAAACACCAAGCUCCUGUCAAGCUGCCUCGUGCUGCGGGUGGAGGAUAUUGACGUGUAUCAGGUAUCCACGGCUGACAUGAGACAGGGCACCCCUCAAAAGCUGCUCUCCUGUAAUAAAAAGGCGCUGUUUCUGCCACCCGAGAUGUCGGCCAUCCACAUGGAAUUUACCGACUACUACUUCCCGGAGGAGAGGCAGUUUCCCAUCCCCAGUUCCAACCUAUACGUGCAGCUGAACGCCCUGCAGUUCACCAUGGAUGCACGCAGCAUCCUGUGGAUGAACCGCUUCAUGCUGGACGUCAACCAGAGCCUGGAGCACUUCAAGGCCCUGCAGGGUGCGGAAGAGGUGCACCCUGCGGAGCACAUCGACAUCCGUGUGGAUGGCCUCAUGCUCAAGGUUGUCUUUCCAGCGGAAAAGGUUGUAGAGCAGCCCGGGCGACCGCACGCAAUCUCCCUUCAGAUCUCCGACAUGGUCACUACCAAUGUACGCCACGGCCUCAAUUGCCAGCGCUCCGAUCUCAAACAUAUCCUCACGCGAUUCCAAGAGUCAAACUUUUACCACGGCGACUUCACUAGCUUUCCCAAAUCGGCGGAAAGCGUGCACAGCGUGAGUCCCAUGUUUUGGCGCCAUGCAGAAGGGAUGGACACCAAGUUGUACCGCAUCGAGCGGGACGACGUGGCGGCAGACCUAACCCGCGACGCACUCAAGACCCACGCGUCCGGCGACGUGUGGGCCAUGCACCUGUCGCAGUUCUGGGUGGACUACGAGGGGCGAGGACGCCCGCUGGGGUGCAUCGACUCUUUCCCCGUCACCCUGUGGCUCUGCCGGCCCCUUCUGAACUCUUGCGACGCCACGAAAAGCGCUGGAGUAUCCGCCGGAGGGCAGGUCACCGCCGCCGCCCGAGAGCGCGGUGCCACAGAGCGACCGCGAAGACGCCCGGAGGAGGAUGGGAGCUCUCCGGAGUCGGGGGGGGGAUCCAGCCCGGGCACGGAAGAGGGCGCCGGCACAUUCCCACAGGCGGAUCUUCACGUGUUGAUGUACAGCCCGGCGCACGUCAGCGCCCAAAUCAGCCAUCUGCAGUACGUGUUCUUGCUGCGCCUUCAGCAGGCCUUGCUAUGCCUGCAGGAGCAGGUGCGAGAAGACCACCAGAGCAUGACCGGGGUGCCGCCACAGCACGGGAGCGUGAGUCUCGCCGUUCUGGUGCCCAGCGCGGAGGUGGCACUGCUUCUGUUGCCUGCCCCGGAGCCGGCGCCCAGCAGCAAGGGCCACACCUCUGAGAGCACCAGCUUGUCAGGGUCCGACAUCUCGCCGGGAACCGGUGGCUUCAGAAGCCGGGGAAAGAGCGACGCCGAUUCCGGUGCCAGUGGCGAUAGGGCAGGAGAACGCACGUUCUGCGAUGCGCCGGACCUCUUGUGCUCCCCGACACCCGAAGAGGUUGACGGGGGUAUGUCGAGCGAGACGGACCCUCUCCAUGCCCACAAUAGCACCAGCGUGCACCUGGCCAGCAACAGCCCGUCGUUUGGUCAGAGUGUGGAGGAGCUGGCCACCUCGCAGCGCCUGCAGACCGACAUUGUGAACGCCUUAACCAUCACCAAGGACAAAACCAAGGACGCCUUCAUCAUCACCAAGGUGGCGCUGAACUCCACCAUGCAGAAGAUUGGCCUCUCCACAAGCCGAGAAAGCACAGGCAGACAACACAUGGAGCCGAGCAUGUCCAUGAGCAAGCUAAGCGGAGAGUGUGGCGAGGGCAUGGAGGAGGACUCUAUCUCGGUGGACAGCGAUGGCUCGGACAACUUCAUCGUCUUACACAUGGACACCCCUGCACGAGAUAAAAUGUUGGGCGGAUUGAUUGAUGGGGGGGGGCACCCCCAGAGCCCAGCAGAGAGCGCCGACGGAGCCCUGGGACGACCGUCCCCGGAGCCCAGCAGCUCCACCUCGUGGAACGAAGGCGACCCCGUCAGAGACCUGGCCUCGGUGAUGCUGCUGCACGUGCAAGCGUUGGAGUGCAGCGUGGACGCGUUGGAGGGCCGCUCUACUGUCGCUCUGCAGCUCCGCGGCGUCCGCUGCGAACAGCUGGGCAACGUCAGCGCCAAACAGUACCUGAGCGCCCGCAGUGCCAGCUCGGGGGCACGGAGCGCGUCGGGAGGCACGCGGGGACCCGGGGAGCCCCCUCAGAUCACGCUGCGCCUGGAGAGCCGGCUCGCUGACGACAGCGAGGCCCUCUCGCUCUCCGCCAUGUCUCCGGCCACCGGCCCCCGCAACCUCCCCGCCCCCGUGCGAGACCUCCUGCAGUGCCACGUGCGGGCCGUGUCUGCGUCUCUGUCCACGUCCUAUCUCUCCAAUUUGGGCUACUUCGUGGAGGAUGAGCUCAUCCCAACCGAGGUCCUGCCGCUGGUGCUGAGCGUCUGUGACUGCAGCAUCACCAUCAGGGAUGACGGCCCAUCUAUGAACGUGGCCUCCCCAGGCCCCGUGCCCGUGAACGUUGCCAUCUCGCACGUGUCCAUCCAACGCGGCCCCGACGGUGUCUUCUGCAUCUCGGGGGGGCCAGGAGGGGGGCCCAGCAGUAGUCACGCCUGCCUGCUCUGCACGGCCUCAGACCAGAGCCUGGGGGGCCACGAUGGCGCUCAAGGUGCCGCCGCCCGUCGAUUGAAGGAAGGAAGGGGGAACGGAAAGACGGAUCGCGACGGCGAGACGGAGUCUGGGCAGGGGAGGCCAGAUGAGACUCGCGAGGCGGCGGGGCGUCGGGGCCAUUCCGCCGGGGAUGAAGACGACGAGGCGGAAGAUCUGAAGCGGCGGCUCGCGGCCACCAACUUGGCGUUGGCGGAAGCGAAGGCCGAGGUGGAGUCGCUGCGACACGAGCUCUGUCGCUUACGGAGAGAGUCCCUGGGGAGACCGUGUUCAUGAGGGCGCGCGAGGGCUCGGGCACCGGGGCGCGUGCGUGUGUAAUGUGAAUGUACAGAAUGCACGGCGGGUGUGAACUGAGCGUUUAAUUCAAGGCUACUUCAGGGGCUGCACUGCAUACACACAGAGGACGUCGACACGUUGGAAACGCUGCGUAGCCAACACUGCGGCUGGGUCGAGCAUUCUCGGUAGAAUUGCUUUGUUUGACAUAAACACAAGCGCACAUUCACCUCAUUGUUCCCUAGGUAUAUGCGGCGGUGGCACUAGAGCCCCAAGCACAAUGUGUGUGUGCGUGCGUGCGUGUCGCCAUCUCUCAUUGCUUAGCACUUGUUGCAUAGCUACGCAUGCAGGAUGGGGGGGGGGGGGUAUUCGUGAGGUGGCCCAAUGUGCAAUACACAGCGGCGUGGCGAGCAGUUGUACCUCCGAGGUGGAUUCAAAACAUAAAGCACCUGCCAUUGCAAUUUUUUUCCCCAGCACUGCAGGUUGUUUAAUAUUUUUUAAUGUUUUAUUGUAAUUGAAGGUCUCUAACGCGCAGUAAAUUAAGGUGCAAAGAUGUUGCGAUAGUGAAUAGAAAAUAAAAUU